CGAUUAUGGUGGCGUUAACUCAAUCGGGUAUCUUAAUCCGCCAAAACCCUCGAGAAUGUUAGGAAGCAGUUGCUUUUCAGGGUCGAACGUACUGCGUAUCUUGUUCCUAUGGUUUUUAAUCAUAGGCUUUUUUGGCUUUAUAAUGAUAGACUACAGCGGGUCUGCUGACGGCCUUUGGUUCUGUAUUCUACGUUGAACUUGAGCUUCCCGAGUAGUGUACGACGUAUUGUCGACCACAGAAUCUUAAAGAUCCGAGUAGCUGUAGUUAUGGAUUCUUAGAGAUUCUUCAUAACCCAGGCUCUUAGAUAAUCUUGACUAACUAAGCUACAGUGACUAACGAAGCACUCUCUAGGUCUUGUGUAAGCAGAUCCAAACGGGAGGGAAGGGUUCUGUCCGUCCUUAAAUAUGAGAACGGCCCCGGUGGUGUUUGUGCGUCAAAAUAAGUCCAUCUAGUCUUCACUUCUUCUUCCCUCGUUUGCAAUCAUGCCUUCGUCACCGAAAACCAGUCUCAUCUUCACCCACGUCACAACGGCCACGGCUAUCUUGAAAAUCGACGGCAUCAACUUCCUCACCGAUCCCUACUUUGGAGAUGCCGGUACUUUCGAACAAGAGAUUGAUUGGUCCAAAGUACGACUGAAGGAAGACUUUGGACUAGACGAGGCUCCUCCACCCGUCCAGCUCUCGAUUUCCAAGGCCCCAGCCAUGAAGCUCCAUGAUCUGCCUCCGAUCGACGCUGUCCUUCUCAGUCACGAAGACCACUAUGACAACCUCGAUCCCGAAGGCCGAAGGCUCCUCGAUGGACGCCGUGUAUUCACGACCAUGGACGGGGCAAAGAACCUCCAGCCGCGACCAGCUGUUGUAGGCCUAAAGCCCUGGGAGACGGUGACCUCUAUCAUUGGUGGCAAAGAAUUCCGCAUCACCGGCACUCCUUGCAAACACUUCCCAUUUGGAGAGGUCACCGGAUUCAUACUCGAGACGGAUUCUUUCGGUAUACACGAGGCAAGCGGCAAGCCGAACGCCAUCUACUUCUCUGGAGAUACAGUGUACAUCGAUGAAUUGAAGAAGAUCAAGGAUCGCGUGCACGUUAUGGCCGCCAUUCUCAACCUGGGUAAUGCUAUGGUUGAAUUCCCCAUUGGCCCGAUUCAGAUCACCAUGGAUGGUAAGCAGGCAGUGCAGUUGGUUCGGGACAUUGGCGCGGAUGUCAUGGUCCCUAUGCAUUUUGAGGAAUGGGGACAUUUUACUGAGCAUGGCGAGGAUCUGGUUAAGGUCUUUGAGGAGGCGGGUAUCAUGGAUAGAGUCUGCUGGACCACCCCGGGUGUUCCUAAGACUGUGUAUUAG